AUGUCUUCCGCUGCACCACCCGCCGCCGCCGCCGCCGCGCCGAUCUCGACUGCCACCGCGCCGGCCCUCGCCCCGAUGUCGCCCUUCCUGGCCUCCCGGCCCCUCGCGGCGACGUAUGGGGCCUUGCCGCCGCCGCCCGCUUCCCCGCAUGCAUCGGGCGCUUCGGACGAUCUGAUCGCCCCGCCCGAGCCCGCGGCGCUGCCGGCCUAUGGCGGCCCUCCUCCGCCGAACCCGAACCCUGGCGCUGGUCCCCCGACGUACGACGCUCCCGCGCCCUCCUAUGGCGCGCCUCCGCCGUCGUCGUCCUUGUGGCCGGUGCCAGCUUAUGCUGUGCCGCCGCCGUCGCAACCCUACACGCGGUGGCGCCGCCGCAACACCACCACUACCCGGCGCCGCCACCGCAGGCCUAUGGGAGCACGGCCACCUCGCCGUAUGGCGCCCCUGCAGCGCCCGGCCACGGCGCUUUGGCUGCCGCCUCCCGGCUCCUACUCCUCGCCUGGCGCCUACGGUUCAUACUCGGCGAUGAUUCCUCAUCCAGAGGCGGCUCCGUCCAUGGAUCCCUAUGCACCACUGCAGGCGUACACUGCUCAAGCCGCGGCGCCUUCGCCGUUUUAUGUCUCGCACCUGCUGCCGGUGAAAAUCGCGCCGGACAACUACCUGUCGUGGCGUGCUCAGGUCUUGCCGCUACUCCGCAGUCGCUACUUGGAGGGCUAUGUCGACGGAUCCAUCCCAUGCCCGCCCCCUCAACAUCCGGCGUAUCACACGUGGGUGGCGUAG